AUGGCUUAUGAAGAUAGAAAAGUCAGCUUCACAAAUGUUGAUCAACUCUUCAUUCUGGAUCAAGCAGAAACGUUCCACAUCAGCUUACAAAACAGUUGUGAAAUAUGCGAGGAAAAUGGUGUUCGGGCGGUUUGGAUUUGUAUUGACUGUGAUCAAAAUCUUUGUGAUAAAUGCAAGAACGUACACCUAAAAACCAAAGCAUCUGUCAGUUGCAAUGUAGUGUCAAUUACAAUGAAGGAGAAGUACGGAUUUGAUGAAAGCAGUUGCUUGUUUCAUCCGCGGGAAGUAUGUCGACAAUUUUGUCGAUCAUGCAACAGAGUAGUAUGUCCCAAGUGCACAGCCACUGAACAUAGCAGACACAAUUAUGUUGAAUUGGACGAAGCAGUUAAAGAAAAGAGGUUCAACCUUCAGAGAAAAUUAGAUCAUCUGCGGAAAGAAGACCUCCCAGAAAUAAGAAAUCGAACGUGUAUGCUUGAGAAGAAUCAGGAGGAGUACUCGGUAUCGGUUCAAAAUUUGAUUCACGAGGUUUUCAAACGACAUGAAAUAUGGAAAAGAAAAGCAGAGGAAAUUAGAGACAAAAUCUUGCGAGAUAUCAAGAAAACGGAAAAAGACGACAUGGAAACAAUAAGACGAGUUAAGAAUUCUCUUGAAAAGUCAUCAGAAGAAAUGGAACUGUUACUGGAAAACUUGGAGAAAGAAAUCUACGUGCACUCGGACAGAAAGUGUGUUAAUUUCUGCGAUACAGCGGAAAAGAAACUUGACCGUCUUGUUAUGCCAAAGAAACUGGAGACACUAAAACCUCCUAAGUUAGUGACGAUGGCGUUUAGCGCAAGCCUGAUGACGAGGCAAUUUGGUUUACUGGAACCCCAGAAAAGGAUGCUAAAACCAAAACCUAAACCAGAAAGACCUAAAGUGCCAUCGCCUGAAAGAAGACAGAGGGAAGUGAAACCCAGAUUAGUGACGAUAGUGUACAGUCUGCAGACGACCGGGACCAUAUUCAGUGUGUGUCCUGUUGGUAAUGGGACUGCAUGGAUUGGAACUGGUCAUACGGACAAGACUAUCCGAAAUGGUUCUCUGUACUUAGUAGACGUGGAUGGCAACACUACAAUGACACUGAAAACUGGUUACAAUCCUCUCAGCCUAACCCUGACCAAAUCCGGCAAUAUCCUCUUCUGUAGUGGAUUUCGCUGUCGUCUGGUUGACUUUAACAAUUCUGGUAAGGUAACAAUAUUCAAUGACAAGGCUACGUACACCAGAGGCGUGACGACUACCAGAGAUGACAAUGUACUGGUCUCCUACGUCAAUGAUGGAAAAAUCAUACGAAUGACUUCAAGCGGCAAAAUUCUGGAGACCAUAGAAAAUGACAACAAAGGUCACAAACUUGUGGACUCGCCACUUUCUGUUAAAGAGAAUGCCAAUGGUGACAUUUGUAUACUCAACGGAGCACCAGGGAAGUAUCUAACUGCAAAAGGAAAGGAACUAGUUUGUCUCUCAGAGGGCAAAAUUAAAUUCAAGUACUACGGAAAUACCACUACACCGGCUUCAGUAAAGCCAGCCUUCAGUGAUAUUUCUUGUGAUAAAAAAUGUAACAUAUUCAUAUCUGAUUACCAUAAUGACUGUGUCCAUAUGCUGGACAAAGAUGGGAAAUUUCUAAAGUUUCCAGGGACAAAAGAAGAUGGCAUUAUCAAUCCAGAGGGGAUUGCUGUUGAUAGUAGAGGGAAUAUCAUGCUGUGUUCUCAAAGAAACCUCGUAUACAUUGAAAACUAUUAA